CAUAAUGAUGAUGAUUAUGAUGAUGAUGAUGAUGUCACCAGAAGCGCAUCGCUUCGCCACAGUUGUAAAGUCCAAUUACAAUAAGUAAACGUGCACCGAAAGAGCCUAAAGCAAUUCCGAAGGCAGCGGACCUACAGUGCCAGUCAAGUGCAUUUAUGAACUUGCUGAGGCCGUCUUUAACGCAACCUCGUUCUUCAGCGCGUUUUCCAUCAUUCUGAACGCUUCGUAGUUUGAGAAGAUGGAGUUUGCUAUGGUGGGCGCGGACAGCGGGGGCUGCAACACCCACCUGCCCUAUGGAUAUGCCCAGGCUCGCGCCAGGGAGAGAGAGCGCGAGCGGGAGCGGCAGUCUCGCGCAGCGGCGUCGGCGGCGGCGGCAGCCGAAGCCGGAACGGUCGGAGAGGGAGGUGGGUCCAGCGGCCAUCCCCACAACCAUCCGCAUCAGAGUCGCACCGCCUCUUCAACGAAUGCCAACAACAGUAGCGCCGGGACCGCCUCGCGCCCCUCCUCCUCCUCCUCCUCCUCCUCCCAACAGCCGCAACAGCAACAGCAGCAGCAGCAGCAGCAACACCACGAGCCGCCACAGCAACUUCUCCGAGAGCGAAAAAAGCAACGAGGCGUCGCGCGCUGGAGACGGAACCGCGCGGCACUCGGCGGGGAUCUACGCCAAUCAGAGUUGGCGCUCCUAGGAUCCGAGGAGGACAUCAUGAUUGAGGAGGACGAGGCGGAGGGCGAGGAGGAAGAGGAGGACAGGGGAAGCAAGAGAUCGAGUUUUGUCUAUAACAUGGAUGAUGAAGAGGAGACGGUUUCGUUAACGGACAGGCGUCCUCAGUCAGGGUACGAAAAUGUUUACCACGAGUAUGUCUGCUGCGAGAGAGUUGUCAUCAACGUGUCGGGCUUGAAGUUUGAGACCCAGCUGAAGACUCUCGCGCAGUUCCCAGACACUCUCCUGGGGGACCCUGAGAAGCGAAUCAGGUACUUCGACCCUCUGCGUAACGAAUACUUCUUCGACAGGAAUCGACCGAGCUUCGACGCCAUUCUGUACUUCUAUCAGUCCGGGGGGCGCUUGAAGAGACCCGCCAACGUGCCGUUUGACAUCUUUUCCGAGGAGGUCAAGUUCUAUGAACUCGGGGAAGAGGCGAUGCUCAAGUUUCGCGAGGAUGAGGGCUUCGUGAAGGAGGAGGAGAAGCCGCUGCCCGAGGACGAGUUCAAACGCCAGAUCUGGCUGCUGUUCGAGUAUCCGGAGAGUUCAAGUCCAGCCAGAGGGAUCGCGGUCGUGUCAGUGCUGGUCAUCGUCAUAUCCAUCGUCAUCUUUUGUUUGGAAACAUUGCCAGAAUUCAGGGACGACAAAGAAUUCCUCAGCCCAGGUAAAAACUCCACGCAGGCGGACAAUGGAUUUACGCCGUUCAACGACCCCUUUUUCAUCGUUGAGACGGUGUGCAUCAUUUGGUUCUCGUUUGAGAUCAUCGUGCGCUUCUUCGCGAGCCCCAGUAAAGCUGAUUUCUUUAAAAACGCGAUGAACUCCAUAGACAUCGUCUCUAUUUUGCCUUACUUCAUAACUCUCGGCACAGACCUCGCCCAGCAGCAAGGCAACGGGCAACAGGCGAUGAGUUUCGCGAUCCUGAGGAUAAUACGACUCGUCCGCGUGUUCAGGAUCUUCAAACUGUCUCGGCACUCGAAAGGUCUCCAGAUCCUGGGGCACACUUUGCGCGCGAGCAUGCGAGAGCUGGCGCUGCUCAUCUUCUUCCUCGUCAUCGGCGUCAUCCUGUUCUCCAGCGCGGUGUACUUCGCGGAGGCAGACGAGCCCUCGUCUCAGUUCACCAGCAUCCCAGACGCGUUCUGGUGGGCUGUAGUGACCAUGACCACGGUGGGUUACGGGGACAUGAAGCCCAUCACGGUCGGGGGCAAAAUCGUGGGCUCGUUGUGCGCCAUCGCUGGUGUCCUGACCAUUGCGCUUCCAGUUCCUGUCAUCGUGUCCAACUUCAACUACUUCUACCACCGGGAGACUGAUAACGAGGACCAGGCGCCCGUUGUGGAACAGCCUCCGCCGGGCUGUCCGUACUUUCCGGAUUUCCUGAGAAAAUUCAAAGGGUCCCCAUCAGGGUCGUCUUUGGGGGACAAGGCGGCAGAGUACAUGGAGAUGGAGGAGGGCGUAACAGAAUCUCUGUGCGGGGCUGACACGCAAAGCCCGAGCAGAGGGAACGGUACUGACUUAGGCGGAAAAAACAGUUCACAAUCACAAACUCUACAGACAGAUGUAUGAUUAUGGACGAACGGUAACCUCCUCAGGAGGUUUUCAUAAAGAUGACUGCACAAAUGGAUCAGUUAACAGCACACAUGCACAACUUGAAGACAUAUACACAGUACGCGCGUGCGCAAACACAACGAGACGCUCACACACACACACACACACACACACACACACACACACACACACACUCGCUCUCAUCAAGUUCUGGACCUGAGCUGAAACAUUUUUGCAAUGUGGCUACUUUUGUAGUGAAACAUACCCUGUAAUCACGUGACAGGCAACGCAAAAACCACCAGCUUUACGUGACGUGGAGAGGUGUCUCUAUCUGCCCACGACUCCCGGUUCAUUAAUGAAGGCAACAAAAAGAACUUGCAUAAGCACUUUAUGAGUUACAUUUGUCAGUAAUUGUAGGGAAAAGAGGCGAGUUCUUCUUAUCUAAUGCUAUUAUGCAAUAACGUUUAAAUCGUUUGCACUAUCAUCAAUUAUGUUAUAGUCUCCCAGUUUAAUGCGGAGGAAAGUAACAAGUAACACUGAGGUAGAGAGGGAGGACAUUGAAAAACGACUCAGCAAUCAUACUAUGAGUUGCGUUAUUAAUUAAUUCGAAAUACUAGCAAACAUACGCUGCAAUCUUCUCUGAUGAAAACCAAUUCAGCUAAUAGUAAUGAAUUAUUUUAACGUAUUUGAAUUAUUAUGAUUAAUUGGAAAGCAGCAUGCUGCGUAACUUAAUGCAAUGUUAUCUUAAAUCCCAUUAUGGCAAACAUGUGUCCGCAUAGCAGUAUUCAGUAUGUUCUACACUCUGGUAAAACCCCUUGUUGCACACCCUGUGUAGUUCUUUGUGCAUUGUCCACAGUGACUGAAAAGUCAUUUAUAGUCAGUCCCUUUUGUGAGUAUUGGAAAACAAAUCCGUCAUGUUAGUUUUUGUUCAUUAGCACAAUAUUUGAAACAAACACCAUAAUUCAUCCAUCACGCGAUGCGAGGAUUCAUUCUUUCUAAGCAUCACAGUCACAUUAUGGCAUACCGAGGCCAAAAUAACCGGUUCGCAUUGUCUCACAAAGUAAACACCUUGUACAACAGAGUCAACGACACCAUGGCUUGAAGGAUCAGUUUGGCCACAGUUUUCAAGUUGCUGUCAUGGGAGUAUAUUUCAAGGGAAUGCUUCAUGCAACUAUUUGUCCUCAUCCCUUUACCAAAUGACAAUGCAUCCCUUUAUAAAAAUGCUGGCGGAAAUGUACAGCACGGAAGGGAACAUGAACUUGGUGGACUUCAUGCACAGUGAAUUCUCGUCCUUUUGGAGUGCACGAUGACCACUAAGCAUGCGCAGUGCUUUACGGAUCCCAGUGUUGUGAGUCUUGCCUAUGAGAGACUCUUCCGUCAGCCUUUGGACUCCUACAGAGGGGAAGGGCCAUGACUGCCAGUCAACGGACGGCAAGUGGACGGGACAGACCCGUCGACGCAGGUGUCACUGAAGAUCCUGCUGGACAUCAGAUAGAGAGCGGACACUGCAGCCUCUUCGACGAGCAGUAAGACAGGAAGUCCAUCAUCAAGCCAGGUGUCAAACUGUUUAAGACCCGUCCCAAUAAAUGCCUUAAAGACACAGUACACUACAUCUUUAUGUAGAGGAACCUGCAGCAGGAGACUUCUUAAAAAAGCUUGACAUGUUUUCAUUUUCCUCUUUAUGAGUGAAUUGGUGUCUUACAAGAACAGAUGUGAAUAUUUUCUUAUAAUAGAGAAAUAAUUGUUUGGGUGUAAUAUUGCCACUUGUUUUUUUGUGGUAGGCCUGGUGAAAGCUGUUAAAUAUAAGUGAAGGGAAAGUCUACUGUCUGUGGCAGCCUCUUCCAUCUAGUUUUAUCUCUUUUCAUUUCUUAAACCAAAAGACUGCCAGCUGGAAUGGAGAAAUUCAGCGGCAGUGCUCAAUGAUGUCAGUCUGGACGGGUCACACAUCCACAGUAUGAAUGCAGGGUCAAAUCACAUUCCCCUCAGCAUCAGACUCAUUGCUUUUGCUCAAAGCUUCAACAAUCAAGAACAAUCCGCUUUUAGAUCAUCGAAACCCUAAACGUAUUUUAAGGAACGGAUUCACCCCAAAUUUCAGAAAAUAUGCUGAUCAUUUAUUCACCCUUAUCAUGUUAUUCCAAACCCAUAUGACUUUCCUUUUUCUGACAAAUAGAUUAGUGUUUUUUGUCCAUACAGUGCAAGUCAAUACGUUUGCAUGGACCCAAAUAAUCCAUUUUUAAUCAGAAAUGAAAUCUAACUGCAAGUUCUAUCAAACUGCAAGGUAUGGUGUAGACCUGAAAUAAAUCAAUGAACAGGAAAAAAAAUAAGCACAUAAACGUUUGAA